AUGGCUUCAACGGACAAGCUCCUUGAGAGAGAGAUUGCUGCUGCUGCAAUGGGCGUCUUCCACCGCUAUGAUGGCGGUAUCCGGAUUCAGAUCUAUAUCCCCUCCCUGAGCAGACACAUUCAGCCUCGCAAUAUCGUUCUGAUCGCAGUCCUGCUCCUCGCCAUCACCUGGAUCGCGCGCAGAAUCUUCAGACGCGAUCUCCGCUCGAUCCCAGGCCCGUUUCUCGCCUCAUUGUCGAAUUUCUACCGUCUGGCCAUGGUCCUCCGGGGUCAAAGCCAGUGGGAAACGAUUGCCCUACACAAAAAGCACGGCCACUACCUACGACUGGGUCCCAACUUCGUGUCGGUCAGCGACCCAGAGGCCUUGCCCAUCAUCUACGGGAUCGCAAAGGGCUUUCGCAAGUCCGACUUCUACACGGCGUUGGACCCGGUGUCGAACGGACGUCUCAUGCAGAGCAUGUUCGCGACGCAGAGCGACGAGUGGCACCGCAUCCAGAGGAAGCCCAUCGCCCACGCAUACGCCAUGUCCACGUUGGUCUCGUACGAGCCACUGGUCGACUCGACCACUGGAAUCCUGAUGGAUGUGGUCGGCAAGAGAUUCGCUACGACAGGCCAGACGUGUAAUCUGGCCCAGUGGCUGCAGUGGUAUGCUUUUGACGUGAUGGGUGAAAUCACCUUUUCGGAGAGAUUUGGAUUCCUGGAACAAGGACGCGACAUCGGAGAUAUUUGCCAGGGCAUACAUCAUCAUUUCACAUACGGGGCUCCAGUCGGCCAGAUCCCUUGGAUAGACGUCUUCCUGAGACGGAAUCCGCUGCGGCCGAAACGAGAAGUCUCAGAUCCAAUGGUGGCGUUCACGGCCGACGCAAUUGGCAAGCGAUUGCAGUCGUCAAACGACGUGGAACAAUAUCACGACUUUCUAUCACGGUUCUUGAACGCAGAUGUUGGCCCGGACAGUGACAAAGAUGCCCAUUUCCGGAACGUUCUGAGCUGGUCCGUCAACAACGUCGGUGCGGGCUCUGAUACCACCGGGAUCAGCCUCACCGCCGUCUUCUAUUACCUUCUCACAAAUCCGCACAGUUUCCAAGUCCUCCUUGAGGAGAUACGCUCGACGAGAUUCGCCAGUCACAAGGCGGUGAGUUGGAAAGAGGCGCAGAGCAUGCCGUACCUCCAAGCCUGUAUCAAGGAGGCACUGCGGCUGCAUCCCGCUGUCGGUAUGCCUCUGGAGAGAGUGGUCCCCGAGGGAGGAGUGUCUCUUGGUGGGCACUGGCUCAAGGGCGGAACAGUCGUAGGGGUCAACGCUUGGGUGGUGCACCGAAACAAGGAUGUAUUCGGGCCUGACGCUGAGGUGUGGAAUCCCGAACGGUGGAUCAAGGCUGAUACUGAGCAACUGAAAGCAAUGGAGAGAGCGACACUCACGUUUGGAUCUGGCUCUCGCACAUGUCUGGGCAAGAACAUUUCCCUGCUCGAGAUGUCCAAGCUCGUGCCCCAAUUGUUGCGAUCAUACGAGAUGACCCUCACGACGCCCGGAGAAGAAUGGAAGACGCAGAACUUCUGGUUCGUCAAGCCAGACGCUCUGAAUGUCAGGUUCAAAGCUAUCCAACACGACUAG